CUCUCUCUCUCUCAGUUUGGCCGGGGCGUUUGAGAGUGUGCACGCGGUCUCUCCACCUCUCCCUCUCACUCUCUCUAUUUCUCUCUCCCUCUCUCUCUCCCCACCACCAAAAUGAGAGAGAUUGUCCACUUACAGGCUGGUCAAUGCGGCAACCAGAUCGGGUCAAAGUUCUGGGAGGUGAUAAGCGACGAGCAUGGCAUUGACCCCGUCGGCCAGUUCGUGCCUGAGGGAGAGCACAGCGAUAUGCGCCUGGAGAGGAUCAACGUCUACUACAACGAAGCCUCAGGCGGCCGGUACGUGCCCCGCGCCGUGCUGGUGGACCUGGAGCCGGGUACGAUGGAGGCCGUGCGCUCGGGGCCCAUCGGGAGGAUAUUCCGGCCGGACAAUUUCGUCUUCGGCCAGAGCGGUGCAGGCAACAACUGGGCGAAGGGUCACUACACAGAGGGCGCCGAGCUGGUGGACUCCGUGAUGGACGUGGUGAGGAAGGAAGCAGAGAACUGUGACUGUCUCCAGGGCUUCCAACUGACCCACUCCCUCGGCGGCGGCACGGGGUCAGGCAUGGGCACACUCCUCAUCUCCAAGAUCCGCGAGGAGUACCCAGACAGGAUCAUGAACACCUUCUCCGUCAUACCCAGUCCUAAGGUCUCCGAUACCGUGGUAGAGCCUUAUAAUGCCACCCUGUCCGUGCAUCAGCUGGUAGAGAACACUGAUGACACAUUCUGUAUUGAUAACGAGGCGCUCUACGACAUCUGCUUCAGGACGCUCAAGCUUGCCUCGCCCUCCUACGGGGAUCUCAACCAUCUCGUGUCGGUGACCAUGUCCGGCGUGACCACAUGCCUGCGGUUCCCGGGUCAACUGAACGCUGACCUCCGGAAGCUGGCGGUCAACAUGGUGCCCUUCCCGAGACUGCACUUCUUCAUGCCCGGGUUUGCGCCCCUCACCUCACGGGGGUCCCAGAGUUACCGCGCCCUCACCGUGCCCGAGCUGACCCAACAGAUGUUCGACAGCAAGAACAUGAUGACCGCGUGUGACCCCCGCCACGGCCGCUACCUGACUGUGGCCGCAAUUUUCAGGGGCAAGAUGUCCAUGAAGGAGGUGGACGAGCAGAUGCUGAGUGUGCAGAACAAGAACUCGGGGUACUUCGUUGAAUGGAUCCCCAACAACGUGAAGGUAGCCGUGUGCGAUAUCCCUCCCAAAGGUCUUACGAUGUCCGCCACCUUCAUCGGAAACUCCACGUCCAUUCAGGAGAUUUUCAAGCGCAUCUCCGAGCAGUUCACCGCCAUGUUCCGCCGCAAAGCCUUCCUCCACUGGUACACGGGGGAGGGAAUGGACGAGAUGGAGUUCACGGAGGCGGAGAGCAACAUGAACGACUUGGUUAGCGAGUAUCAGCAGUACCAGGAGGCCUCUGCUGACGACGAGGACUACGUGGACGAGGAGGGCAUGGGCGGCGAGGAAGAGGAGGCGGGGGGAGUCAUGGAGGAGACCCCGCAGUGAGGACGAAGCCGAGGACGUGGUAUUGGCUAUAUUGUUUGUUUACACGUCAGUUACGGAUGACUGAAUGAUACCUACACUUAAAAUACACUUAAAUGACACUUCACUUUACUUAUAUACACUGCAAAUACACAUUGGAGAAGCUUGUUGCAGUAUAGAAUGAUUCAACGAUACAGUUUUUUACAGCAUUUCAGUUACACCUCAAUUUACGAUGCUACACUUCAGAACGCUUCAAUGACACUUCACUUUACUUAUAUACACUGCAGAUACACAUUGGAGAAGCUUGUUGCAGUAUAGAAUGACUCAAUGAUACGAAUUUUUACAGCACAAUGACGCUUCACUUCAGAACGCUUCAAUGACACUUCACUUUACUUAUAUACACUGCAGAUACACAUUGGAGAAGCUUGUUGCAGUGUAGAAUGACUCAAUGAUACGAAUUUUUACAGCACAAUGACGCUACAUUUCAGAACGCUUCAAUGACACUUCACUUUACUUAAAUACACUGCAGAUACACAUUGGAGAAGCUUGUUGCAGUGUAGAAUGACUCAAUGAUACGAAUUUUUACAGCACUUCAGUUACACUUCAAUUAACGAUGAUUCCGUAACGCUACACUUCAGAACGCUUCAAUAACACUUAACAUCACCUCACUUAGUUACAAAUGACGCUCCAAAUAACUGACUUUUGUAAUUUGUAUCAUGAAAUUCAAUUCGCACCGUGGAAGAACAAAGAUCACUGAAUAUAGAAACGUUAGCAGAACUUUCCAAAAUAAAACCAAAAAUACAAAAAAAAAUAUAGGAACCACAUUUUUUUGGUAAAGAUUAACUAGUAGCCGGUUUUCCUGAAUUUAUUAUGACUUUAUUUUAUUUUUCAUGUCGAAAGUUUAGUUAAGAAAAUAAUGAUCUGGUGUAGGUAAUAAAACUUCAAACUUCUUA